AUGGGGCCCCCGGUCAAUAGGGGAUCAUGGGGCCCCUGUGUCCUCGCCCACACUCAAACCACACCCAAAAAAGUCUAUGAAAGUUACCAGGGGCAUCUCAUGGGGCCCCCUACUGACCCUGGGCCCUCAGGCAGUGCCCGAGUACCCCAAUGGUCAGUCCGCCCCUGGCAUGAAAUGUGGCUGUUCUGAAUCCCAGAUGAUGUGAUCAGGCUGGUUACUAGAGAGCCAAUGGUCACCUAAAAACCAUGAUUGUGACAUCUAUGGCUUCUGGGAGACGGUUGGCUGGGAAGCCAAAAUCAUCCUUAGAGCUG